CCUCCCUACUCCAUGAAGUGAAAGUUAUGAAACUGAAGGAAUGUCUUCUGAGGAAACAUUAAGUGUUGGAGGAAGCAAGGAAGUGAGGGCUUUGCAGUAUGGUAAUGAGGGUAUGGAGAGUGGGUCAUUUGGGUCAAAGAGAACCGAGGAUGAGGUUAGUGGGAAAGAGAUUAUUGAGGGUGGAGAAGAAGGAGUGCCAUCGAAUAUUUUGGAAAUUAAGGGUAAGGGCGAUAGGUGCUAUAAUGUAGAGGCAGACAUUGUCUCUGAAGGGAAGGGCUAUGAGACCGAGCUAGUUAAGGCUGAGAGUAGAAAGGUGAAAGGGUGGUAUUACUUCACACCUCGGUCAUCUAACAAAGAAAAAAUGAACUUAUUUAGUGUAGGACCUUCAUCCAUUAAGGGAUGGAAGGAAAAGUUUUUAUUUGUUGAUGACACGGAGUGGGAAAGGAGGGAUGCAGAGGUAGAAUUUUUGUCUAGUUGGAAGGCUAAAAAGGCCAACCAGAAUAAGUAUAGUUUAAAUAGUGAUAAGGAGGAAGAGGUUAAGAAGCUGGUGAGAGAGGGAGGUGACAUUUUGGAUGUUAUGUAUCUCACCAGCUCAAAUGUUAUAGAUGCCGCUAAGCUUAAUGGGCCAACUAGAGGAUUGGCCAUUCCUAAGAAACCAAGGAAGAAGUUAAAGACUUCAGAUGUUGCAAAAGUUAGAGGAGACGAGGUGGCGGAGUUCAUACCUCGGCCUCCUCUUGUUGAGCUUAAUCUAGAACUCAAAGAGAUUAGGGUUUCCACCCAUGGUAAGGGGAAGGCUCUGGUACCUCAUCCUACUCUGUACAACAGUAUUUUUGAUAUGAAGAGUAGUAUGGCGGUGAAAAACUUUCUAAAUGCAUAUCUUCAUAAAGUGGAUUGUCGCCAAGCCAGGGAGGAGGUUCUGAGCAAUGGGGGGAGUUCGGUUGUUAAGCAUGCUUUGGAGAAGCAGAAUGAUGCACUGCAGAAGGAGAAAGAAGAAAUGAAGAAAGGCUUGGAUGAGGUGGUGCUAACAGCUACGAGUUUACAAGAUGAGAGGGAUUCGUUGAAGACGUUUUUUUCAUUUGAAGAGCAAAAGAGGAAAAUAUGCGAAGAUAAGAUCGAAGCUCAAGAGAAGGAAAUAAAGAAAAUGAAAGAAUGUCAAGCCGAACUCAAAAAGAAUAUUAAGCUGAGAUGGGAUCGUGACAAAGAGGGUUGCACCAUUUUCCCUUCGAACUUUGACUUUGAGUUCGUCGCAGUGGAAGAAGGGAAUGCAAAGGCAGAAGGUGCAGAGGUGGAGGUGAGCCAGACACCUUAUCUAGUGGAGAUCCAUCUAGUUGUUUCAGAGGAAGACCAGCAAGCUCCCCCAACAGAAGAUCAGACACCUCCUCAAGUAGAGUAGUGAGGCUUUAUUUUUUAAUUUUUAUUUUAUUGUAAAGUUUGAACAAUUUUUUUGUUUUAUUUUGAACAGUUAUGUAAUCACUUCUUUUGUCAAUGCAAUUAAGUUUUGAGAAUUUAUUUUAACUACUUGUUGUGUUGGUGUUAAAUAAGAGCCAAAAUGAGUG